AGAGCUUUUAGUAUUUGACAUGAAGGAUUGGCCCAAAAAUAUAUAAUCGUUUUCGUGAUAAAAGAAACCACAUUUAUUCUCCCUACCACCAACAGUCAGGACGUUCUUCAACUAAUUUCACCUCGUAUUUCAAUAGAAAAUUCAAAAAUAAUUUUUAUAUCUGUAUUAAUUAAAAAAGGACCCCAGCAGCCUAGGAUUACUCGAUCUAAUUUUUACAAAUAAAUAGUUUGUUACUCAAAUAUUAAUAUCUCCUUGCAAUGGAAGCUGUGUCUUGUCCAAAUUCUAUCCAAUCCGUCUUCACAAAUCCAAUUAUCCUCUCAAACAUUUUUGCUCAUUUGGACAUCCACUGCGUCAAAUCGUUCCGAACAGUUUCCAUAAUUUGGAACACUAUUGGAGCUUCAGUGAUCGGGUCGAGGACCAUCUUCCGGAUUGGAACCUUCCUCAACAUUUCCAAACCACCGGAAGAUAUUCAAAAAAUAAAUCCCGCCGUGAUCAAACGGGUCACUGUAGGAUACCCGCACUUUGGUUGGUGUAACACGUUCACUCUGGCGACGUCGAAAUGGUGGCGGCAAAUCCAGGAAAUUCAUCUAAUCAUGACUCCAAACAUUUGGCCAGCAUUCGUAGAAAUCUUGGUGGCUGACGGACUCCCAAGUUUGGUCAAGUUGGCACUAACAAAAUCACAUUAUGAACAAACAAUUCCAAAUUUUGGACCAGUCCCCCUCAGAAAUCUGAAAGCAUUCGAGUUCCACCAGAUGAAAGACGCUGAAAUGCACAAUGUGAACAGCAAUAUGCAAACCAUAAUCUAUUCAGCGCCAAAUCUAAACAUUUUGAAAAUUCAUGGAGAUUUUUUCCCAGAUUUGGGAAAAUGUGCGAAAACUCUAAAAACUUUGGAAUGGUUCGCAGUAUCGUCACGUGGUGAGAGAAAUCGAAGUUUGGAACCUCUUCACAGCAUCUUAAUUCAAGUUGCUCCCACAUUGGAGCAUCUCAGCCUGGGAAUCAAUCAUUCUAAUUAUUAUAAGACGACAGAUCAUCUCCCGACCGCUCGUUUUCCAGCGUUUCCAAGACUCUUGUCCUUACAGAAUUUGGCCUCCGAUAUUUUCAAAAUUGAAGAGUCUCUAGAUCUAAAAAACUUCCCCAGGUUGGUCACCCUUUCCCAGGAGGUGUUCGGCCUAACGAGAGAACACGUACGGCCGGACGUGCGCAGGGAUGGCCCUGCGAAUAGUGGGGUUCGACAUGAAGGCAUAACAAAACUCAAAGUGGGAAAUAUCAGCAACCUCAAAAUGGUUUCCUUGGAGCCCAGAAAAUUUCCUAGUGUGAAGCAAUUGACUUUAGAAAUCCUGCCUCACGUGGGGGUGGACGACGAAUAUUUGGCGAAAAAUGAAUACCUAGUGAAGAUUAUUCAGGUGUGCGGCUUAUGGAAGCACCUGACCCGCUUGGUCAUCCUGUUGGGCAUCCAUGAAAUGGGAUUAAAGGACGUAGUGGAAGCGCUGCAUUCGUCCUUAGGCGUGAUAUCUGGCCUAACAGAAUUAAAAAUUGACUGCCGCGACGACAUUGCACACGCUUAUGAAAUUGGAAAACAACGGACCGUAUUCGACGAUCUGACCUGCGAUGGUGGAAGGUUGUAUGAGUUCAUUUCGAGUUGUGGCGCCCUUAAACGGCUAACUUUUCAAGGAAUUUGGUGGAAAUCUACAUCCAUGGUUCGCAUCUUGGACUUCUUAGCAAAGAGAAGGUUAUUUUUGAAAUAACCUUUGGUUAUUUUUUUGGAGUAGAAGUCGAACUUUGCGAUGUCCUGUUUUGCAAUUUAUUCACAGUUCACGAUUACCAUUUGAAUUUAUUAAACUUAACAGUAAUAAUUUCAUUUUCUUCCACUUUUGUAAUUUCAGGAAAUCUAACGUUUUUUUACAAUUUUAUUUAUGAAAUAUAUCACAAUUCGUUCCCUUAAUCGUUGUGAUAGAGAUUUGUGUAGAAUUUGGCUGAUGAAUUAAUAUAACAAAAAAUGUGCAGCUCACUAAGUGUCUCAUAAUUGGAUAUAUACGCACAUAAAGCUGCAUGACCUGAUUUCCCAAAACCUGCAGCAAUUAAUCGGAAAAUUGGCUUCCCUAUGAUGACAAUCAGACGGACUAUCUCCACGUAAAUGCUGAUAUAAGACCAGUUUUAAAAAGAGCCUCGGCUUUGCGCUAUAUUUAGUCUCACAUCACGUGCGUUAAUUCCGAAAAGCAAUUAAAAUGAGUUCCAAUUAGAGAA